AUGUCGACACUGUCCGCCUCUGCCACUCCUGUCCUGACUCGCCUGCCAGUCGCCCUGGAAGAGGUUUCCGUCGACCUCGAGGCCCGAGCCGACCCCGCUUGUGCCAAGUACGUUCUCAUCGCUACACGAGGAACCAAUGAGCCUCAGGCUCCCACGGCCCAGCUCACCGGCAUGUCCAACUACACCUUGGGUAACAUCACCGGUGGUAUCGCCUACCAGACCGUCUACCCCGCCGGGGACAACACCCAGCAGAUUGGUGCCGACGAUAUUGUUCGCCGAAUCGAGCAGGGACUGACCGACUGCCCUAGCCAGAAGUAUGUCCUUCUCGGCUACAGUCAAGGUGCCACUGCUACCACUCUCGCCCUUACCAACUACACCAACACCGCUUCUGCUGGUUACAAGGCCAUUGCUGGUGUGCUCCUCAUUGGAAACCCUGCCAAGCUGUCUUACAAGAUUUCCAAUGUGGACCAAUUGGGCGGCUCCCUCACCAACAGUACCAAUGGCGUUUACUCCACUUCGCAACAGCCCAUCCCUUCUGCCUGGUACAGCAGCAAGACCCUUGACAUCUGCUACGUCGACGAUCUCGUGUGCAAUGGCCUGAACUUCUGGUCCAUCAUCAAUGCAUUUGCCAACCACCAAAAGUACUACCAGGCCAGUGUACAGAACAUUGGAGCUGCCCACCUCAUCAAGCAGCUCAAGGCCGCCCUUGCAUAA